UCAACACAAACGUUUUGACCAGUUUAACGUAUAAGUUAAAGUUCAAUUUGAUCAAUUAUAUAUCCUAUUGCAAUAACAACAGUGUAUAAAAAGUAAACUUUAUAAUCGUGGAAUUCAUCAGAAUAUUGGAAAACACAGGCAAUCACUCUAAUAUAAAGGAAAUAAGCUUACAUUGGUGACGACAAUAAAAAUGGGUUUUCUAGAAUGCUUUCGUUUUCAAUUGAUCCACAAAUUUUUAAUUGUCCUCUCCUUGAUGUUAACAUGGUCACAAGCACAGCAACCGAGACGUGAUGCUGAUUGGCCUCCAUCAUCGCUCUUAAAGAUAGCAAAGCCAUUCCAUGAUAUUUGUGUAGAAAAAACUGGUGUAACUGAAGAGGCCAUUAAGGAAUUCAGUGAUGGACAAAUUCAUGAAGAUGAGGCUUUAAAAUGUUACAUGUAUUGCUUGUUCCAUGAAUUCGAUGUGGUUGAUCCUAAUGGUGAUGUUCACUUAGAAACAUUAUUCCAAGCUAUACCGCACACUAUCAAAGAUAUGUUAGUGAAGGCUUCGGAGAAUUGUGUACAUCCAGAGGGUGAUACUUUGUGUCACAAGGCUUGGUGGUUCCACCAAUGUUGGAAAAAUGCAGACCCAGUGCAUUAUUUCUUGCCCUAAAGUGAAAGACCAGAGAUCUCAAUUUUGACAAUUUUAUGAUGUUACUAAUCCGAAACUGAUUUGAUUUAAUAUUAUUUAAGUUUUAUGUGAUUUCUAUUUGAUUUGUUUUUUCGCUUAAUCGAAGCAUAAUAAGGAGUUUAAAAUGAAAACAUUUAAUAAAUCGUAUAUCUUAUCUUCAAACAAGU